UCAGCCUGUGCUGCCAGCAGGAAGGAGGGGGGGGCACAGCGAGGACACACCCGCCCGCGCACCGUGCCUGAGAGCGGUGCAAACGCGGAUGCGGCAGCCGGCGUACAUCAUGAGGUGAUCCUGAUCUUUUUCUAUUUUUUUACUACUCGGCGAGGAUCUCCAUGGCUGCAGUCCCGCCCUGAGAGGACACCGGACCAUCCUCCGCCCCCGCCCUGCAGCAGCCGGACUCCCCCGAAAGGUGCAGGCCCCGCCCCCGCAGCAUGACCGUGGCCACGGGCGACCCCUCCGACGAAGCGGCGGCUCACCCGCUGGACUACGACCCGGAGACCGACCACGAGUGCUGCGAGAGGGUGGUCAUCAACAUCUCGGGGCUGCGCUUCGAGACCCAGCUGAAGACCCUCUCGCAGUUCCCCGACACCCUGCUGGGGGACCCCAAAAAGAGAAUGCGGUAUUUCGACCCGCUGAGGAACGAGUACUUUUUUGACAGGAACAGACCCAGCUUUGACGCCAUUUUGUAUUACUACCAGUCCGGGGGACGGCUGAGGCGGCCGGUCAACGUCACGCUGGACAUCUUCUCGGAGGAGAUCCGCUUCUACGAGCUGGGCGACGAGGCCAUAGAGAUGUUUCGGGAAGACGAAGGUUUCAUCAAGGAGGAGGAGCGCCCUCUUCCCGACAACGAGUUCCAGAGACAGGUUUGGCUGCUUUUCGAGUACCCGGAGAGCUCCGGUCCAGCCAGGAUUAUCGCCAUCAUCUCCGUCAUGGUCAUCCUCAUAUCCAUCGUCAGCUUCUGCCUGGAGACCCUCCCUGUCUUCCGCAACGAUGAAGACGGGAUGCACAAGUCUCACGCGGAGAUCUUUUCCCCGGAGACCAACACCACCGUCACCAGAUACACCUCCACCUACUUCACUGACCCUUUCUUCAUCCUGGAGACGCUUUGCAUCAUCUGGUUCUCCUUUGAGUUCCUGGUGCGCUUUUUUGCCUGCCCCAGCAAAGCAGGCUUCUUUGGAAACCUCAUGAACAUCAUCGACAUCGUGGCCAUCAUCCCGUACUUCAUCACGCUGGGCACGGAGCUGGCUGACAGUCCGGACGACGGCCAAGCGGGACAGCAGGCCAUGUCUUUGGCCAUCCUCAGGGUCAUCCGCCUGGUGCGGGUGUUCCGCAUCUUCAAACUCUCCCGCCACUCCAAAGGGCUCCAGAUCCUGGGCCAGACCCUCAAAGCUAGCAUGAGGGAGCUGGGACUGCUCAUCUUCUUCCUCUUCAUCGGCGUCAUCCUCUUCUCCAGCGCCGUGUUCUUCGCCGAGGCCGACGAGCCGCAGUCUCAGUUCGAGAGCAUCCCGGACGCCUUCUGGUGGGCCGUGGUGUCCAUGACCACGGUGGGCUACGGGGACAUGGUUCCCACCACCAUCGGCGGCAAGAUCGUGGGCUCCUUGUGCGCCAUUGCCGGCGUUCUGACCAUCGCCCUGCCCGUGCCCGUCAUCGUCUCCAACUUCAACUACUUCUACCACCGCGAGACGGAGGGCGAGGAGCAGGCACAGUACCUGCAGGUCAACGCGCCCAAAGCCGACUCGUCCGAGGAGCUGAAGAAGAGCCGCAGCGGCUCCAUCGUCAGCAAGUCGGACUACAUGGAGAUCCAGGAGGCCGUCAAUAACAGCAACGAGGACCUCGGCGAGGAGAACUUAAAGACGGCCAACUGCACACUGGCCAACACAAACUACGUCAACAUCACCAAGAUGCUGACGGACGUGUAGUCCUGGGCAAGAACCAGGCACAGGAACUCUGAAGGAUCUCCAGCUCUUCAACUCUUUGCAUGGAGUUAAUUUUUUUCUAAGAAGAAUAUUCAUGCCAAUAAUAAUAAGAAUAAUAGUUAUAAUAGCGCACAAGAAAAGAAGAAAGAAGUCAGCACUUUAGUCGCUUCAGCCCUCACUUCCCAGGGUACACUGCUCUGCACAACAACACACCAUCAGGUGCGAGUCCAUCAACACCAGGUGGCACCACACCUUUCUCACCUUCUGAUGAGAAGCUUUUGCUGCUCGGCUCUUAAUAUUCACACCCGUACACCAGAGAGGACAACUUGAAUGUUUCUUCUCCGGCACUUAGAGGCACAGACUUGUGAUGCAUGUUGGUAGUUUCCCCACACUGCCGCCUACAGGCCCUAGGCAGUACAACAAGCUGGGCACACGCUGUACGCAUUCUAGAAAAGAUAGUCUAGUGAAAAUGCUUGGGCCAAAAUCUAUGCAUGUUAAAAAAAAAAAAAAGACACCAGAUCUUUUUUUUUUUUUUUUUUUUACAUAUUUUAAAUGUAAUAAAUGUACUUGAAAAUGAUGUAUGCAAAUCUAGAAAAGUACUGGCAGACUGCAAACCUCCAGGCCUAAUCCUUUAAAACCAUCCUGAAUCCAGACAGUCAUCCAGAUUCUGUUUAAUCCUACUUUACCUGGAACUUUUUGAGUUAUGUUGCUGGAAAAAGAGGCUAAAGGGAACAUGUCCCAGUUUGUGUCCACUGCACUGGUUAAACUUAUCCAAUGGAGGCAAGUCAAACACUAGAGCCAGGCGGAAAACACGGCCUCUCGGGCCACGCUUGUCCCAAUCUUUGAUUGGCUUUUUGGCGCAGCUGACUAUAGAUAGAGGGAGUCAGGAACAAGUUAGACAAAUAAAACAGAAGAAGAGUCUAGUGCUUCCACACUGCCGCCUACAGGCUGCUACACGGUACAACAAGCUGGGCACACGCUGUAUGCAAUCUAAAAAAGAUAGUGUAGUGAAAAUGCUUGAGCCAAAAUCUAUGGAUGUUAUAAGAUUUUAUUUUUUUUGACAUAUUGUUUACAUGUAAAAAAUGUACUUGAAAAUAAUGUAUGCAAAUCUAGAAAAGUUCUCACAAACUGCAAAAACAAUCUUAAAUCCAGACAGUUAGUUAGUUGGGUUAGUUUACUAUUUCUUCGGUCAGUGGUCAACAAAAUAAACAAACAAUUUUACAUAAACAAACAGUUGUACAUUCAUAAAUUGAAAAUGGUGCUGACUGAAAGGGUUUAGGCUGAAGUUGAACACGUAUUGCGUAUGUCAUCCAGAUCAGCGCCAAAAUCCAUUGAGUGUUCCUAUUCCAACUGUUGCCCUUUCCUGUUUACUCCUUCCAACUUUGCCUGGAACUUUCUGAGUUAUGCUGCUAGAAAAGGCUGCUAAAGUGCACCUUUGACAAAGGAACAUGAUUAAUCUUGUCCAAUGGAGGCAAGUCAAACACUAGAGCCAGGUGGAACACGGCCUCUCAGGCCAUGCUUGUCCCUUUAGACCACCCACACCAUCUUUGACUGGCUUUGACCUCCACACAACUAGACCAAUCAGAAGCAAGAAAGGCAAAUAAAACAGAAGAAGAGUUUAGUGCUCCAACACUACCAACUCCAGGCUGCUUCUAAGUACAACAAACUGGGCACACGCUGUACGCAAUCUAAAAAAGAUAGAAAAAGUUUGGGCCAAAAUCUACGCAUGUUAAAAGAUCUUUUUUUUGACAUAUUUCUACAUGUAAAAAAAUUACUUGAAAAUAGUACUCACAAACUGCAAAAACAAUUCUGAAUCCAAACGGGCAUCCUGAUCAAUUGUUACCAUAUCCUUUGUACGCCUACUUUGCCUAGAACGUUCUGAUUUAUGCUGCUAGAAAGGCUGCUAAAGUGCAACUUUGACAAGGGAACAUGUCCCACUGGUUAACCUUGUCCAAUAGAGGCAAGUCAAACACUAGAGCCAGGCGGAAAACACGGCCUCUCAGGCCACGUUUGUCCGUUUAGACCACCCACACCAUCUUUGAAUGGCUUUUUGGCGCCGCUGAAUAUAGAUAAGAGCGAUUCAGGACCAAGUUAGACAAAUAAAAAAGAAGAAGAGUCUAGUGCUCCCACACUGCCGCCUACAGGCUGCUACACGGUACAACAAGCUGGGCACAAACUGUAUGCAAUCUAAAAAAGCUAGUGUAGUGAAAAUGUUUGGGCCAAAAUCUUUGCAUGUUAAAAGAUCUUUUAUUUUAGAUGUUUUUUACAUGUAAAAUAUGUACUUGAAAAUAAUGUAUGCAAAUCUAGAAAAGUACUCGCAAAUUGCAAAAACAAUCCUGAAUCCAGACAGUUAGUUAGUUUGGUUAGUUUAUUAUUUCUUCGGUCAGUGGUCAACAAAAUAAAGAAAGAAUUUUACAUCAACAAACAGUUGUACAUUCAUAUAUUGAAAAUGUUGCAGACCAAAAGGGUUAAGGCUGAAGUUCAACACUUAUUGCGCCUAACCCUAUAAACAAUGUCAAAUACAAGAUGAGCUUCCAAAAAUUAUGAAAUUUCCUUUGCACAACACAUUAUAAAUACACCUUGUACACAACAUAAAGACUGUUCAAGUAUAUACACAGUUAAACCUUUGUACCAAUUAUAUACUGUAUACAAACAAUUAUACAUCCAUUAUUAUUUAUAUCCCACAUUUAGUUUGUAAUUAACAUUGAUCAUAGUAUUGACUACUGUGUUGAUUUAAGAGUGAUAUAUUUUUACAAGAUAUUGGUCGUAAAGUGUUUUUUAACAGUCAUCAGGAUCAGCCCCAAAAUCCAUUGAGUGUUCAUCAUCCAAUUGUUGCCAUUUCCUGUUUACUCCUUCCUACUUUGCUUGGAACUUUUUGGGUUAUGUUGCUAGAAAAGGCUGCUAAAGUGCACCUUUGGACAAGGGAACAUGUCCCACUGGUUAACCUUAUCUAAUGGAGGCAAGUCAAACACUAGAGCCAGGCGGAAAACACCCUCUGAGGCCAUGCCAUGCUUGUCCCUUUAGAUUUUAGCAGCAUCGUGCGAGGCUAUCAACUUCAGAUCCAUCCAUUGAUAAUACAUUGUUGUUGUUUUUCUUAUCCUUUUGUGUAUUUUAUACACUUUUGGCCAAACAAAGUCGUCAGAAGUGAAAUAUUUCCUUAAAGGGGAAUUGCACUUUUUUGAGAGGAAUUAUACCUAUUAUUCACAAUCUUUAUGAGAGACAAGAACCUAUAUAUGCAUUUUUUAUUUUAUUGUAUAUAAUCCAACUUGUAAUCAGCUCAUUCUACGAGGCUAAAACAGUGCUAAAAUGGUGCCUCAAAAUCACUCUAAAAAGAUCUAAAAAGCAACAACGAUAAUUUAUAUACACAUUGUUACCUGAAUAUUAACUAUUAGCAAUAUUGGUAUUAGAAGUGCUAACACAGACAGACUAUUUUUACCUGAUUAUUAACUAUUAGAAAUAUUGUUAUUAGAAGUGCUAACGCAGACAUACUAUUUUUACCUGAUUAUUAACUGUUAGAAAUAUUGUUAUUAGAAGUGCUAACGCAGACAGACUAUUUUUUACCUGAUUAUUAACUGUUAGCAAUAUUGUUAUUAGAAGUGCUAACACAUACAGAAUAUUUUUACCUGAUUAUUAACUGUUAGCAAUAUUGUUAUUAGAAGUGCUAACGCAGACAGACUAUUUUGGCGUUGCUGUGAUGACAGAGCGCUAACUCGCUUACAUCUUCAUGGCCUCAUCGAAUUAGAGAUGAUAAAUCCUGCCUCUCAGCUGGAUGGUAAAAUUUAAACGUUGUUCAUCUGUGACAUCCUACCGAUACUCAAUUUUGGCGAGAAAAAAGACGCUUGUCUUUUUUUUUUUUUUAAUCUUCGAAAAGGAUUAUAAUAAAUGUUUCAUGUAAAGGGGAAGAUAUAAACAUCCCAUCAGGCUUUAUCCCGGUGAGAGCAGACAUUGUAUAGUAAGUGAUUGAUGCAUUAGGUUUGUAUUUCUUCCCUCACACCAAGCACAACUUCAAUAAGGAUAUAUAAUGUAUGUUAAACAUUGUAAUUGUCUCACAUGAGAUAUAAUGCAUGUUAAACAUUGUGAUUUUCUCACAUGAGAGAUAUAAUGCAUGUUAAAACAUUGUGAUUGUCUCACAUGAAGAUUGUCAAAUAUAAACAACCUUUAGUUCCCCUAAAGUGCAAUGGAGGCUAGUCAAACACUAGAGCCAGGCAGAAAAACGCGUGUCCCUUUAGACCGCCCACACCCUCUUUGAUUGGCUUUUACCUGAGAGGUACCUGCCAUUUUCAGUGGCAGUCCUUAGUACUCCUGUCGCAAAGCCGAAGGUCUCAAAUUAGGGGUGGGGGUGGGGGUCAUAGGGCCCCAUUGGUCACGGUUUACCUGACACAGGAAACGUGACAAGUCAGGUGGGGUGCACAAUCUGCUUUAGUUGCCAGAUGGCAGUAGAAUGUUGAAAAAUCUUGUCAUGUGUGUUGACUACAGCUCGUAUGCGGGGUCGCGCUUUCCAUCAUUUUCAGCAGAUUGCAUUGCAAAAUGAUUAACCACACCCCCUUCCACUCAUGGGAGACGCAUGUGGCCGCAUGAACCCCUCCCCCAGAUACCUGUCAGUUUUUAAUGAUCAACUUGUUCAAUAGGCUAAAGGUUAGCAUGGUGGUUAAAAGCGUUAGCAUGGGGUUAAAAAGGUUAGCAUGGUGGUACAAAUGUUAGCAAGGUAUUAAAAACAUUAGCAUGGUUCUUAAAACGUUAGUAUGGUACUAAAAAUGUUAUCACGGUGGUCAAAACAUUAGCAAGGUGGUAAAAAAUGUUAGCAUAGUAGUAAAAAUGUUAGCAUGGUGCUAAAAAGGUUAACAUGGUGGGGAAAAGGGUAGAAUGGUGAUAACAAUGGUAGCAUCGUGGUAAAAAUGUUAGCCUGGUGGUAAAAACAUUAGAAUGGUGGUAGAAAGGUUAGCAUGGUGAUAAAAACAUUAGCAUGGUGAUAAAAAAUAUUAGCUUGGUGAUAAAAAUGUUAGCAUGGUGGUAAAAAAUGUGCAUGGUGGUAAAAAGGUUUAACAUUGUAAUAAAAAGGUUAGCAUGGUGAUUAAAACAUUCGCACUGUGGUAAAAAGGUUAGCAAUGUGAUAAAAACAUUAGCAUAGUGGUAAAAAGGUUAGCAUGGUGAUACAAAUGUUAGCAUGGUGGUAAAAAGUUUAGCAUUGCGGUAAAAUGGUUAGCAUGGUGAUAAAAAAUGUUACCAUGGUGGUAAAAACAACAGCUUGGUGGUAAAAAAGGGUAGCAUGGUGAUAAACAUGUUAGCUUGGUGGUCAAAAGGUUCUGGACUGGUCCUUGUGCACCAGUGAAAUACUGGAGUGGGAUGGUAUCUCAGUAGAAGGUGGACUGGAAUGGUGGGUCAGUAGAAGAUGGACUGGGAUGGUGGGUCAGUAGACGAUGGACUAGGAUGGUGGAUUGGGAUGGUGGGUCAGUAGAAGGUGGACUGGGAUGGUGGGUCAGUAGACGGUGGACUGGGAUAGUGGGUCAGUAGAAGGUGGACUGGGAUGAUGGGUCAGUAGACGGUGGACUAGGAUGGUGGAUUGGGAUGGUGGGUCAGUAGAAGGUGGACUGUGAUGGUGGGUCAGAAGACGGUGAACUGAGAUGGUGGACUGGGAUGGUGGACUGAGAUGGUGAGUCAGGAAAAAGUGGACUGCGAUGGUGAGUCAGAAGAUGGUGGACUGGGAUGGUAGGUCAGUAGACGGUGGACUGGGAUGGUGAGUCAAUAGAAGGUGGACUGGGAUGGUUGGUCAGCAGAAGGUGGACUGGGAUGGCAGGUCAGUAAAAGGUGGACGGGAUGGUGGACUGGGAUGGUGGACUGGGAUGGUGAGUCAGUAGAAGGUGGACUGGGUGGUGGGUCAGCAGACGGUGGACUGGGAUGGUGGGUCAGUAGAAGGUGGACUGGGAUGGUGGGUCAGUAAAAGGUGGGCUGGAAUGUUGGACUGGGAUGGUGAGUCAGUAGAAG